GUUUGUCUUCACGUGGACCACUGCCAGGAAGAGAGAGACAAGUUGUCAAUGAGAGCUGCUGCAGUUGUGUGGUUGAAACUUUAGCCUCAGUUCAUGUCAGGCGGUUACAGGCUGUUUGAAUGACAGCUAGCGGGGCGGACUCGGUUCCUCUUUGCUUCUGGUUGAACUCCCAGCUCUGUCUGACCGGUACAUGGCGACAUUUCUGAGCGUGAUUCAACGUAUUGCCAAUGAGCGCAAGUCGCAGCUCGUGCGAAGUUGAUCAUCAUCAGAAACAGCCGCAGCAGCAGCAACAACAGCACGAGAGGAGGACGGAGACCUUUUAAGGAGCUGAGACGGAAGACAAAGUUGGAUUAUUGUUGCGCAGAAGACUGCGUGUGUGUUUUUCCUGUUUAAGUUUUAUUUUUACGACCAGAGGUAGUUAUGACUUCGGUAUGGAAAAGACUGCAGCGCGUCGGUAAAAAGGCUUCAAAGUUUCAGUUUGUCGCCUCUUACCAGGAACUCGUGUUGGAGUGUACAAAGAAAUGGCAACCAGACAAGCUAAGGGUGGUGUGGACCAGGAGGAACAGACGCAUGUGCUCAAAGCUUCACAGUUGGCAGCCUGGAAUCAAGAACCCCUACAGGGGCAUGGUGGUGUGGCCCGUCCCCGAGAACAUCGACAUCUCUGUUACACUCUUCAAGGAGGUCAAUGCUGAUGAGUUUGAGGACAAAGAGUGGACCUUUGUCAUUGAGGGUGAGAACAAGGGGCAUCGUAAGGUGCUGGCAUCAGCAGACAUCAACCUGAAGCGCUAUGCCAGUCCGACGCCCACCCAGACCGACCUCACACUCACACUGAAGCCGCUUUCAGUCAAAGUGGUGGAGGCCACGCUCAAGUUGUCACUGUCCUGUGUCUUCGUCCGGGAGGGAAAAGCAACUGAUGAAGACAUGCAGAGUUUAGCCAGCCUGAUGAGCGUCAAACCCACAGAUAUUGGCAACCUGGACGACUUCAAUGAGAGCGAUGAAGAGGAGGACAAGAAGUCUGUUACUGCUACAGUCGUUCCACACACUCUAACUCGCCCAAAUCGCCCUGCCCCCCCUCCACCUGACAAGCGAGACUCCGCCGGACCCACUUUUCCAGCCUCAGCCUGUGGCCGUGAUGGCCGCCCUCCUCUACCUAUCGCUCCUCGUCCCUCGCCCCGUCGCAGCCGACACCCCUUCACCACCACUCCUGUCCAGUCAGAGAUCCAACCUUCCCCGUCCCCUCAGCCCUCACCCAGAUCCAAGCAUAAAAAAUCUGCCAACCCUCUUGUUUCCUCUGACCCAUUACCUAAACCUCCGAGCUCCCAGUUUACAUCAUCUGCUCCCUCAGACCAGAGUGCCUCUUCUGUCCUGCCUCUCUCUGAUGUGUCUCCUGCAAAUCCUCCAUCCCCGAAAUCCUCCAAAGCACCCAUAAUCACGCCUUCUUUCCAAAAUAUUUCUUCUUCCCUUCAUCCUCCCCCUCCCAAAAGCUCUGAGUCCUUGCCUACCUCUCCUGCUGCCUCAGUGGAGCCCUCUCUGACAACGUUCCUGAAUUCUUCUUCAUAUCCCCCCUCCAAAGUGCCCUCUGCGCCACCCAGUGUCUCCGAAACAGGCAUCACCUCAUUAACUCCCAAACUUCCCUCCCCUGUAUUGUCAUCACACAAGAAUAUCAUCACAUCAUCCUCCACAGCUCCACAAAAGUCUUCUCUCACUGUAUCCACCACUCUCUCCCAUAAGAUCAUCUCCCAGCCUCUGUCAUCCAAAUUGUCCUCUCCCCUAAAUCCCACCCUGUCCUCUGAGCCUCCAUCCGCUCACCCUCCACUCACCCAGACCCUCUCUCAGCCUCCCUCUCUUCCCCGAAUCUUCCAGUCAUGCUCAGCAAAAGUUCCUGUUUCACAUCAACGGCGCCCCCCAGAGGCUCAAGCACCAGACGAUCAUACUUCUGUCUCUGGCCGUUCUCACAUUUUCAGACCUCAGCUUGUCAAGUCAAUCGACCGCCCUUCCUCUCCCUCUCCUUUCUCCGCUGACGCCCCUCCUCUUGAGUCAACACCUCCUCUCCCCAAAUCUCUCCCCUCUAUCGCAAAGUCAGGAGUUCAGGGGUCAUGGUUGCCAUCUGGUAGCGACAUCACCCCCGUCCCUCUGCUGAGCAGUCCUGACCUUGAUGCCCUCUGUGACCCCGCAGCUCCAGCUCUUACUGCCUCCCUCCCUCACUCCUCACCCCCUCGCUCCUCUUCUCUUUCCACCUCUGUUUUGUUCUCCUCUCCUCACCCUCAGCUCGCUGUCUCUCCUUCUGCUCCUCCCGCUCCAAUCAGCUCCUGUCAUUCAGGCUCAACGUUCCCCCAAGUAGACAAGGAAACAACUUCGAUCCCUCUGAGCCGAGACGAGGGUUCUUCUCAAAAUCACCAGGCGGUUGCCAACAUCAGAGUGUCCAACCAGCCAAUCAGACCAGCCCAGGAUCCAAAGACACCCACAGCAGGAAACAAGGCUGAACCAGCAAGGAUCAGCUCACACAAAGAAGAUGCUGCUGAGGUGGACACCCCUGUCAGACAGGAGGACCAACCAAAUACAGUAAAAGACUCAGAAACACAUCCCACAGUCCCACCUUCUGCUGAACCCGGCGCACCACCAACUAAAGAGGAGCCCAAAGAGCCAGAGAGACCCAGAGUAGAACCAGCAACGUCACCCAAGGUUUCCCCCAAACCAACAAUCGAGCGCACAGCUUUGGCGCUAGAGUCGCUGAUUCCCUCAAAACCAGAACCAGGACUGCGGCCGGAACCGGUUCUCCAGCCAUCAGGAAAACCACAACAGGAAGUAGCAGAUGAGGAGAAACCAGCCGAGGCCAGUGCUGGUGGUCAGGAGAGUUUCGUCAACAAUAAGGAGCCAGUGUGCGAGGCAGAAAAGCAGCUGUGGGCAACGGUGGAGGAGACCACAGCGGAGACAGGAGCGGAAAGAGGGAUGGAAAGUAGUGAGAGACCUGAAGAGAAGGAUGAGAAGCAGGAGGAGGGUGGUGUAAUAGGGGGUGCCCAGAUAUGUGCCCACACAGAGGCAGAUGUGUGUGUUACAGAGCAGCAGAUGGAGGCGCCUGCUGGCUUCAUGUCAGCAGUAGUUGGGGUUUUGUAUAGAGGGCCAAAGGGCCAACUGGCCGACCUCCCUGAUGGCAGAGAGAAGAAACCACCAUCACAGCUCAGACACAUCUCCAGUGAUAAAUGCACUGACACACACAUCGCUCCUCCACAUGAGAUGACGACGUCUCGACUUCCUACGUUACCAGAAGAAGAAGUUUCUGACCUUAAGUUCGCUCAUCCCGCUCCAAUGGUCAGGGAGGAGGCUGACGGAAAGGACGAUGCAGCCGAAGGUCUGGUGAACUCCAGCCAGUCACUGCUCCAGUGGUGUCAGGAGAUCACCAGUGGGUACCAGGGGGUAAAGGUCACCAACUUCAGCACGUCCUGGAGGAAUGGCCUGGCCUUCUGUGCCAUCCUACAUCACUUCCAUCCAGACAAAAUAAAUUUUGACCAGUUGGACUCCCAUGACAUCAAGCUCAACAACAAGAAGGCGUUUGACGGUUUCGAAGCGCUGGGCAUCUCUCGCCUGUUGGAACCGUCCGACAUGGUUCUCCUGUCCGUCCCCGACAGGCUCAUAGUCAUGACCUACCUCAGCCAGAUCCGCACACACUUCACCAACCAGGAGUUGAGCGUGCUGCAGAUAGAGCACAACAGCAGCCAGUCCAGCUACGGCCUCGCCCCCUCUGGACCCGCUCCCACUAAUGUCGACGCUGCUGCUUUCUGCAUGGCCAGACUGAAUGAAGGAGUGAGCCUCGAGGAGGGAGGGAGUAGCACGCUGGUCGUCCCGCCACCGAGGACCAAACGACAGGCUAAAGUCGAUGAGUCAAUAACCCCAGUCCCACCACCGAGGUCGCUUAACAAAGCAGUCAGAUCUGGACUCGCUCAGGAUGAAGACAAAAAGACAGGAAUCACUGAUAGUACAGAGUUGCAGAGUGCAGCUGAGACCCAGCCUCCCAAACAAGAAGAGGAAACAAUGUGUCUGCAGGACACCAGCCAGUAUGUGCUGAGUGAGCUGGCAGCGUUGGAGUCGGAGCAGAAGCACAUUGACACCAGAGCCGCUGUGGUGGAGAGGCGACUGCGAAGCCUCAUGGAAACAGGAAGUGACCGUGAUGAAGAGGAGCGACUGAUCCAGGAGUGGUUCACUCUGGUGAACAAGAAGAACGCUCUGAUACGCAGACAGGACCACCUGGAGCUACUACAAGAGGAACAGGAUCUGGAGAGGAGAUUUGAGCUUCUGACAAGGGAGCUACGGGUCAUGAUGGCUAUAGAAGACUGGCAGAAGUCGUCCACUCAGCAGCAGAGGGAGCAGCUGCUCCUUCAGGAGCUGGUAUCUUUGGUCAACCAGCGAGAUGAGAUCAUCAGAGACAUCGAUGCCAAGGAGAGAGGGGCUCUGGAGGAAGAUGAACGUCUGGAGCGCGGUCUAGAGAUGAGAAGGCAAAAAUAUAGCAACAAAGACAAAUGUGUCUUACAGUAAGAAGAGAGUUUGCAGCUUUAAGUCUCGAAAGAUGAAUGUUAUUCAUAAUUUUUGCACACAAGAUAAAAACAGGACUUUUGUGGCUCAGUGUUUCCCUGUUUUAGCUUUUAGUGCCUUUAUUUUUCUUGGAGAACUGUUAAAACCAUUAUGAAGAAGAUAUGGGCUGCAAACUGUCUUUGGAAGUGUUUGCUUGAAAAAGAAUCUGUUCGUGUCAAAGUUUAAUUAUUUUUAGUCUGUCUUAUGUAUUAUUUUAAUUCUCUUCACGUUUUUAUUUAUUUAAAUGAUGCGUCAGAUUGCUGUACAUCUAUUGCACAUGUGUUUUGUGUGUGUAUUCAUCAACACUGGCUUCUCCUCUUCUAGUUUUUAUAAAGAGUAGGUUCUCUCCAUCACAAAAAGAGCUUUUAAGAAUCUGUUAAACCAAAAUGUGCCUUUUUGUUUAUUUCUGAAAUGUAAAAGGAAGUCUUACAUUUCUAUUUCAGAUGUUUCCACCCUGAAAGUAAAAGAUAUUUGCUUGUGACACACCAAAAAUGAUGUGAAAAGUAAUGAGCUGGACUCAAAUUCACAAUAUUGAGAGUACAGGGUACAUGUUUUUAACUUAAGUUUACUUAAGUUUAAGUAACUUAAUUUUUAUAAACCCUAAAAGCAUUUCCACUUAUUGCAACACUGAUUGUUUUCUUUUUUUCAUUAUUAGAUGUUGAAAGUGUUCUUUAUAUUAAGGAGUUAUCAGUUAUUGUGUGCACACAGACCCAGAAUGCCUUAAAUCACCCAGAAAGUUUAUGGUUGUGAUGCUUUAUUACAGAAAUGAACCUGUUUCCUCACUGCUGUGUCCUUUGACUGCUAUAUGCAUGCUGUUUGAGGUGUGCUGAUAAAGUGGUACUCACUACUGUAUACCUUUCAUACACUGUAUACCUGAAUUUGCUGUCUAUAUUUAUGAGGUGAUGAUGUGAUGAAUGAUGUCGAGAAAUAUGUUGACGAAACAUAAAUAUUAGUUUGUUGCUUAUA